CGGAAGCCACGAAGACGCCGCGAACGUAACGUCGCGGGCACGGUCCCCCGCGCGGACGGAUCUCGCCCCGCGUCUCCGGGUGUCCGCGUUGAAAAAAAGGGACAGCUGUCGUCGUCGUCGUCGUCGUCGUCGUCGUCGUUCUCGUCGUCGUUCUAUCAAACAAACAUGGGCGACCUCGGCGGCGGCAUCGCGAUCCGCGAGAAGGCGAUCGCGCUGGUGAAGGAAGCCGUGGAGAGGGACAAGGCGUCGGAGUACGCCGCGGCGUUCAAGCUCUACACGUCCGCGCUCGAUCACUUCACCGUGUAUCUGAAAUACGAGAAGAAUCCGAUGAUGCAGCAGACCAUCAAGACCAAGUUCACGGAGUACCUGGAACGCGCGGAGGAGCUCAAGAAGCUCAUGGACGCGGACGACGCCGCCGCGGACGGGCGCACGAACCCGAACGCGUCGCCUGAGCUCAUCAAGGCGCGGCCGAAGGAUACUAAGAAGGGCGGCGUCGGGAAGGGGGGCGCGGAGGACGACGAGAUGAGCAAGAUGCGCGGCGCGCUCGGCGGAGCCAUCGUCACGGAAAAGCCGGACGUCAAGUGGGACGACGUCGCGGGCCUGACCUCGGCGAAGGAAGCGCUGAAAGAGGCGGUCAUCCUCCCGGUCAAGUUCCCGCAGUUCUUCACCGGGAAACGCAAAGCGUGGAGCGGUUUCCUUCUGUACGGUCCCCCCGGCACCGGGAAGUCUUUCCUCGCGAAAGCGGUGGCCACGGAGGCGGACUCGACGUUUUUCAGCAUCUCAUCCUCCGACCUCGUCUCGAAGUGGAUGGGCGAGUCCGAGAAGCUCGUGAACCAGCUCUUCACGAUGGCGAGAGAGAAAAGCCCGUCGAUCAUCUUCAUCGACGAGAUCGACGCGCUGUGUGGCGCGCGCGGCGAGGGCGGCGAGAGCGAGGCGUCGCGGCGGAUCAAGACUGAGAUUCUCGUGCAGAUGCAAGGGGUGGGCAACGAAGCGGGCCGCGUCUUGGUGCUCGCGGCGACGAACACGCCGUACCAGCUCGACCAGGCGGUUCGAAGGCGGUUCGACAAGCGGAUAUACAUCCCGCUGCCGGACGCGCCCGCGAGGGCGCACAUGUUCAGAGUGCACGUGGGAGAGACGCCGCACGAUCUCACAGACGCGGAUUUUCAGUCGCUCGGCGCGCAGAGCGAGGGGUUCAGCGGCAGCGACAUCGACCACGUCGUCAAAGACGUCCUGUACGAGCCCGUGCGAAAGACGCAGGAGGCGACGCACUUCAAGACGACCACCGGACCCGACGGCGACGAGCGGUACGUCCCGUGCUCGCCCGGCGACCCCGACGCGUGGGAGCGGACGCUGGAGCAGCUGGCGGAGGACGGGCUCGGGGAGAGGGUGCAUCCGCCGCCGAUCUCGGCGAACGACUUCAGGAAGGUGCUGGCGCGCGCGCGGCCGACGGUGGCGGCGGGGGACUUGGAGGAGCACGAGCGGUUCACGAGGGAGUUUGGGGAGGAGGGAUGACGCGUUCGCGUUCGCGUUCGCGUUCGUAUCGUGUGAGAAGACGGGUAGGCGCGUCUCUCGUUCAUCGUUCGCACUCAUUC